AUGGCUCAGAUCAUCAACGGAACCGAUCUGGAUCAACUCUCCCGCCCCUCCUUCUCCUAUGGCUUCUUCUACCACGAAGACCCCCUCCGAGACACCGCCUCCCUCCUCCUCUUGCAAUUCAUCGUCUCCGUCCUCACCUCCCGCUUCCUCUACUUCCUCCUCCGCCCCCUCCGCCAACCUCGCAUCGUCUGCGACAUCAUGGGUGGUUUGCUUGGGUCUAGUCCCAGAAUUCUUAUUAUCCUUUCGCAUCUACGCAUCCCUGCUGCGCGGCGAAUGGCGGAUUCCUACGAGCCGACUCUGUUCCGGGACGACGUUAUAUCCUACACGCGCCUCCUGGCCGCCUACGGCGCCAUGAUCAAGUUCUUCUUGAUCGGUGUCAAGAUCGAUCCCACACUGGCUUGGCGGUCCGGGAAGAGGACCGCCAUCCUCGGAUUCGGCAGCAUGGUCAUACCUUUCCUCUUCCUCCUCGCGCUCCAGUUACCUUUCAUGAGGCUGGUGAAAAUCGACAACGAGGGAAACAGAGUGAUCCCCAACAUCGGCGACCCGGACGUCUUCCUCCAUUUGGCGGCCACGGUCGCCGCCACCCCGCCUUCGGUGGUCGCUGACGUCCUCGCCGACCUGAGGCUGCUCAACACCGAGCUGGGCCGCUUCGCCGUCGCGACGUCGAUGGUGAACGAGAUAACUCGGUGGAGCAUCUUCGUGGUCUACAGGGUGAUCGAUACGGCGCACCAGCGUCACAGCUACGUGAAGGCGAUACGGGAGGUGGCCGGCACGGGGGCCUUCCUGAUCGCGCUGCUUUCGCUGGUGUGGCCGUGGGCGCGGUGGAUCGUGCGGCGGACGCCCAAGGGGGGCCGCGUGGCGGAAUGGCACAUUCUGGUGAUGAUGCUGGCGGUGCUGACCAUCGGCGCGCUGAGCGACGCGCUGGGGCUGGGAUUCCUCGACGCCCCCUUGGUCAUGGGGCUGCUGGUCCCCGACGGGCCGCCGCUGGGGAUGGCGCUGGUGGAGCAGCUGGAGCUCUUCUCCACAGAGCUGCUGCUCCCGCUUUUUUUUCUCACCGUCGGCUACAUCACCGCCUUCGACCGCAUAACUAAUCCCAUCAUGAUGUUGUGGAUGCUGCUGUACAUUUUAUCCGGACACGUCGUGAAGGCCCUCGUCGCCGUCUUCGCCGGCGUCUACUACAGGGCUUCCAUACAAAAGGCCGCUCUUCUCGGCCUCAUGCUCAACUUCAAAGGCCUGGUGGAGCUCAUGGUCUACAUCGGAGUCAAGGGCGACCGAAAAUUCAGGCCGCAAGGUUUUGUGACGGCGCUGAUCUCCAUCGUCCUGGUCACCGGCGUCUGCUCGUGGCUGGUGACCACCUUCUACGACCCGCUGGACACGCGGCACAAUGUGGGUUACCGGGCGCUGCAGCACCUGAACGCGCAGGAGAAGUUUAGUGCGGUGGCGACGAUGCUGAACGAGGACCCAGUGCCGGCGAUGCUCGACUUGUUCGAGGCGUCGUGCGCGACGCCGGCGGGGCAGAGCUCAUCGUGCAUCCACGUGCUGCACCUGGUGGAGUUGAGCGGCCGGGCCAACUCCACCCUCGUCCCACACAAGAACCGCAAGGGGGAGCUGGUGAAUCCCGCGCAGAUGGACCGCCUCCACAACGCCUUCCUCAACUACGAGAAGAGGAAGAAGGAGGGCGUCGCCAUCCUCCCCUUCACCGCCAUCAGUCCCUACACCACCAUGCACCAGGACAUCUGCUCGCUCGCCAUGGACAAGUGCGUCCCCUUCGUCAUCGUCCCCUUUCCCAGGUUCGAUUCCGGCGCCAGCAGAGAGAUCGAAAAGGUCGCUCGAAACAUCGUCCCCCAGGUCCUUUCGCAAGCUCCGUGCUCAGUGGGGAUCCUAGUCCACCACGCGCUCACCAGCUCGAGGCCGCUCGUGCCGGAGAAAUUCCGGUACUCCGUCAAGGUGCUCUUCUGGGGCGGUAACGACGACAGGGAAGCACUGUCGUACGCGGCGCGGAUGGCACGGCACCCCGGCGUGCGCAUGUCGGUCGUGCGGUUCCAGCAGCAGGCGAAGGCAGCGGAGGACGAACUCUCAUGGGACGACGUCAUCUUCAAGGAGUUCGUCAGGGGGGUAGCCGGGAACGAGCGGGUGACGGUGGAGGAGUUGGCGGCGAGGGACAUCAACGAGACGAUGGCGGGGAUCAAGUCGAUCGAGAGCGAGUGCGACCUGGUGAUGGUGGGGCGGGAGCAGUGCGCCGGGUCGAUGCUGGGGGAAGCGCUGGGCAAGUGGGUGGAGUUGCCGGAGCUGGGGGUGGUGGGGGACAUGCUCGCCUCCAACGAUUUCGCCAAGUUCUCUUUCUCCGUUCUCGUGGUUCAGCAGCAUAGCUAG